GGCCGGGGCGGGGCUGGGCCGAGGCGGAAGCGCCUGCGGAGGGUGCUGCUGCCAGGUCUUCGGCAGCGACGCCUGCUUGGCCGUAUGUAGCCUUCGUCCCACCGCGCUAGACCCGGUGGGUCAGUGUCAUGUGACUUCUGCCCGUGACCAGGAUCCUGGGCCGGGACCUCUAGGUGCAGCGGGUCAGAUCUCCGCCCGAGAAUCUGAAGGGUCUGGUGAUAGGCCCAUCUGUGCUGUGAGCCAUGGUGGCGCCGUGGGCCCUCGCUCUGGCCUUGGCCUCAGGCCUGGCAGCUGCCAACCCACCUAACAUCCUGCUGAUCUUUGCCGAUGACCUGGGCUACGGGGACCUGGGCUCCUAUGGGCACCCUAGUUCCACCACCCCCAACCUAGACCAGCUGGCCGCAGGCGGGCUGCGGUUCACGGACUUCUAUGUGCCAGUGUCUCUGUGCACACCGUCCCGGGCUGCCCUCCUGACUGGCCGACUCCCAGUUCGGAUGGGCCUGUACCCUGGAGUUCUGGAGCCCAGCUCCCGCGGGGGCCUGCCCCUGGAGGAGGUGACCCUCGCUGAGGUCUUGGCUGCCCGAGGCUACCUCACAGGGAUGGCCGGCAAGUGGCACCUUGGGGUGGGGCCUGAGGGGGCCUUUCUGCCCCCCCACCAGGGCUUCCAUCGAUUCCUGGGCAUCCCAUACUCCCAUGACCAGGGCCCUUGCCAGAACCUGACCUGCUUCCCACCGGCCACCCCCUGUGAUGGCAGCUGUGACCAGGGCCUGGUCCCUAUCCCACUGUUGGCCAACCUAUCCGUGGUGGUGCAGCCCCCCUGGCUGCCUGGACUUGAGGCCCGCUACGUGGCUUUCGCCCGUGACCUCAUGGCUGAUGCCCAGCGCCAGGGCCGCCCGUUCUUCCUGUACUACGCCUCUCACCACACCCACUACCCCCAGUUCAGUGGGCAGAGCUUUGCAGGGCGCUCAGGCCGCGGGCCAUUUGGGGACUCCCUGAUGGAGCUGGAUGCGGCUGUGGGGGCCCUGAUGACGGCUGUGGGGGACCUGGGACUGCUUGGAGAGACACUGGUCAUCUUCGCUGCAGACAACGGACCUGAGACCAUGCGGAUGUCCCGCGGUGGCUGCUCUGGCCUCCUGCGAUGCGGAAAGGGAACCACCUUCGAAGGGGGUGUCCGAGAGCCUGCCUUGGCCUUCUGGCCAGGCCACAUCGCUCCCGGUGUGACCCAUGAACUGGCCAGCUCCCUGGAUCUACUGCCCACCCUGGCAGCCCUGACAGGGGCCCCGCUACCCAACAUCACCUUGGAUGGCGUUGACCUCAGCCCCCUGUUACUGGGCACAGGCAAGAGCCCCCGGCAGACUGUCUUCUUCUAUCCGGCCAACCCAGAUGAGGUCCGUGGGGUCUUUGCUGUGCGGAGUGGGAAGUACAAGGCUCACUUCUUCACCCAGGGCUCUGCCCACAGUGACACCACAGCGGACCCUGCCUGCCACGCCUCCAGCCCUCUGACCGCCCAUGAGCCCCCGCUGCUCUUUGACCUGUCUGAGGACCCCAGUGAGAACUACAACCUCUUGGAGGGUGUGGCCAAGGUCACCUCAGAGACACUGCAGGCACUGAAGCAUCUUCAGCUGCUCAAGGCCCAGUUUGAUGCUACCAUGACCUUCAGCCCCAGCCAGAUGGCCCGGGGCGAAGACCCUGCCCUGCAGAUCUGCUGUCAGCCCAGCUGCACCCCCUGGCCAUCCUGCUGCCACUGCCCGGAGCCCCAUACCUGAGGGCACUGGCAGAGGCCAGCCCAGGGCCCCUUGCUCUGCCCAGAGACAUGGUUCAUUGCUGUGGCUUGGGUGUGUGGAGGUGGUUUGUACCUGAUAAUGUGAAUAACACCAGCUGACACCUGUAGGUCUAAUAAUUCAUCUAAUUCUUGUGAUAGCCCGAGGUGGGGACUGUUCUCUGCCUGUGUUACAAAUGAGGAAACUGAGGCACAGAGAGGUCCAGCGACUUGUCACACAGCCAGUAAGAGGUUGGGCUGGGAUCUGAACCCAGGCGUCCUGACUCUGGAGCUGCCCCCCACCUAGGUGCUCACAUACGUCAGUGCAUGCAAGCCUGGGGCAUGAGCAUGAGCAUAUCCAUUCACAAGAGCAGGACUGGGUGCUUUUAUGUGCCAGGAACAGGGUGGGAGGGCACGUGAGCAUGGUGGACAGAAGGUCCUAAAGAUACAAGAUGUGAGAGCCAGGUUUCUCCUGGAAGAAGCGUUCCUAGAGGCACAGGCUCCAGCCCGUCCCGGCUCUUACCAGAGACCUGUCUGAAGGCCAGCACCUUCCAGGUAGGGAGCUGAGCUGGGGGCUCCUGCCAGCUCCCAGGAAGGCACAUUAGCAGCACCUGAAACAGCCCCCAACCCCACAUCCCCCCCCCCACCUCUCCCACUUCCACAGCUCUGCAUUUCCCACCUGCACACACAUUUCCUGUCUCCUGGCUUCAGCUUUGACCCUUUAUGAGCUAUUCUCCACCCAGCAGACAAAGUGAUGUCUUAAAAACAUAUGUCAGGUUUGGUGGCAUUCCUACUGAAAACUCUGCAGCCUUCCCAUCAUGCUCAGAGUAAAAUCCAAACUCCUUAGAGUGGCCUGCCCUACCCCCCGACCCGACACCCCCUGCUCCUCAGCCUUAGUGUCUUAGCCUGGCUGUAGCUUCAUCCAGUCAACGUGUUCACCAUUGGCUCUGCCUGGGGCCUCCUCUGCAGAGAGGACCUCCUGGCUGCCCGCCCACAUCUGCAUGGUGUGUUUAGCCCUUGUGGGGUUGUCUUCUAUGUGUGCUCCCAGAGCGGUGGUCCUACACUACAUGCUCCUUCACAUGGUUGAAUGAGAAGAGCACUGUCUGGGUGCUCUUGGCCUCAAAGUGGGUAGUCUUCAUCAUGGCAGACCAAACAGCCAUCUCCUUCCUUACUAAUGGACCCCCACUUUCCACUGGUAGGCAGUGGCCUCUUAACCUCAGGGGUGUAGCCUCUCCCUUCCCGAGGAGGGUAGUGGCCAGUCUGAACCAGUUACAAUCCAAUUAGUCCUGGAAUGGCAUGUGACCGAGAAUCAUGGUCAGUAAAAGGUCAGGGGCAGUUCACUGGGAUCCCUGGGUCCCCUCCAGCAUUUGUCCUCUGGGAACAGUGAGGAUGGUGCUGUGGCAUUGCUGGCCAUGGUCAUGCAGCUGCUAAACCAGUGUCUCUAGCCAUCUGUCUCCAGAGCUCACAGUUAGGAAAAUAAAUGCUACCUGUCUCAGCCA